GUUGCCCCAGGGGGCGGGAAAGUUUGAAUCACUGUUGUUUGGCUGUGUUUUCUCUCCGGCGGCGUCCCGGUUGCUGCCGCAGCUCCAGCUACUCAAGCCGGAUAGAAGCGUUAGACAAAAACACUCUCCCAGUGGCCUUAGAUCCCCGCGAUUGUGAUUGUUUCAUCGGGAAACAUCACUCGUGGGUAAUUUGUAAAUUCGAAAAAAAUUCCUGGAGAAACGGUCACGGACUGGCGCAGACGCUGCGGUCGGAGCCUUUCGGCGAGUUAAAGUGCAAGGGCCGUGGACUGGCCUCGUUCCCAUGACUGUUCAGCUCGGAGCGGCUGUGUGAGUUCCAAACGUUGUUCGCUUCGGUGAACUUUUUCUGUAACCAGCUAUUGCAUUUUGAAGAAGGAGGUUGCCCUGGCCGCGGAGCUCAGCUGGUGAGAACGUCCUCUGAUGCCCAGGUUGCGGUUCCCCAGAAAAAGAAAAAUGAGAUUCCUACCGACAUCAAGAACCGAGUUGCGGCUUAAAAGAAAUAACAACAGACUUGUGGCCUUUUGAUCGUUAAACAUACUCAGUCUCCUCCUCGCCUCGGAAGGACAUUUCAUCCACAGGAGCGGUGAUGGCGGCCGAAGUGCGCAUGGUACUGUAUGAAGACGAUGCGGCGCAAGUGCGGUAUGCCGACGGUUCCAGACUGCAGCUUUCUCCCUGUGGCUCUGAGUUUUUGUUUGAAAAGGCACCUCCUGCUUCAGCACAUCCUUUAGAACAACCAGAGAGAAUUCGUCAAAGGACACACUUUGUAAUUAGCGCUUACCGAGAGCAACUACAGAGAGCCCUAGAUUUUCGAAACUCUUUCGCCACUUGCCCAUUUUUGUCGGAAAACAUUAUACCUUCUGAAAGAAAAAAGCGUGUCUUGCUCGACGUCUCAGAAGUGAGGUGGCCCAGUCUUGACGCCGAUGACGGUGCGGUGUGGCUGCAGAGUGGCGCUGUGAAAGUAGCCUCUGUAGACGGUCACGCCUACCUCUGCCUGCCCACCUCUCAGCAUGAAUUUACAGUGCAUUUUUUGUGUAAAGUAAGCCAGAAGCCAGACUCGUCUAUCGUAUUGUCAGAAAAAAAUACUCAAGCCAAGAAAGAUCAACUGGUUGAAAAAGCAGGCAAAGUCCUUACGUGUGGACGCUUAUCAGGACAGAGGCUGAAGAAUAAAGAAAAUGAACUUCACUGUCCGACCAUGAAAUCCAAAGAAGCUUCGGAGAAGGAGCGCUAUGCAGAUGGAACCGAGGGGAAGGAGGCGCUGCCUCCGCCUGGCCCGAAGCACACAUGUGUGCACGCGUGGGUAGAGCAGCGCUGGUCCGUGGCCUCCUGUCCAGAGCAGUGGAAAUACCCUCUGUCUUUAGCACUUCGUUUCCACGAUAAAAUCCGCAGUUUGUCCGGGACUGAUGUAACUGUCACCCAGAACGCGACUUUAACUUCCGAUGUUUCAGAGGAAAGAGGAAAAGAGGUUUCUGUCCUUCCCAGGGCCCUGUCACUCAGCUGCCCUGUGCCACACCUGCACAGGUGGAGCUUUUGCGGUUCCCUCUCACUGGGACAGUCUGACGAAGGAGAACACCCCUAUCCUGAACUGGUGAAGGUGGUGUGGUACGAGGGUGUUACGUACAGACUUACCCAUAAAAAUGUGAACUCAAUAGAGAUUUACCCUGGAGAUGGAUCUGUUUUCAAAUCAGAAGGAGCUUAUUUUGGGAACUUUUUUACAUACUAUUGCACUCAGGAAGGAUCAGAAGAGAGGGAAGAGAAAAUGUAUUCAGUAAAUAACCUUCCUCCAGACAGACCAGGAAGUCCGUUCUCCGUGCGUCGUCUAAUUAAACACGCAGCCAGGAUUCUUCAGCAUUGUGCCAAGAUGAGGCUUUCUCUAAGCCAUAACUAUUGUAUAUGCUGCUGGAAAAUGGUCCCUGGGAUAAAUGAUAACAAUAUACUGCCUUCGCUUUUGAGAGAAUCAUUCAUACCCGGCGUGGGAAGAUUUCUUGCAUAUUCUGAUGACAAAGUACAUGUUAUCUUUUUAGAUGGCGUUACUCUAACCCUAAAUUGGAAUUUUGGCUCUUUUAUUGAAAAGAGUCAGGUAAAUCAAGGACUCAGCUUAGGCUGGUGUAAGUUAACUUUUCCUGAUGGACACAAUCAGUUAAUUCAGAUUGAACACUCCAGACCAUAUGAAAGGUAUGUGUCAGCGGUAAUAUCAUGGUGCAGAAAACUGACCUGGACUAGUCAGAGAGAGAAGGUCACAGAUCCUUCAUUUUCUGUUCCUGAAGAAAAUUGGUGUGUGGCUUCUGAACUUGAAAAGAUCCAGAAGUUUAACUCGUUGCUGGAGAAUAGUGAUGUCCUAAGCCAGGUUUCUAACAAGAAGAAUCACCGGUCUUCUGAAUAUACCCCAGAACAUUCAGACACCUUGCUAGAAGAAGUUAGUGAAAAGACAGUAUCAGUAGCACUGAAAAAAAUCUCUGAAGUUAUUCAGGAUAUUGACUGUCUCCUGUCAGACUCUAAAAAGUGAAAAAGGGGGUUAUUAUAUUACUAAAUCUUAAGGAUGUUGUUUCAAGUGACUGGUAUAAAAUUACUAGAGAACCAAGGAAUUGCAUAUAUGACUCCUGUACAAUAAUUACGUGAGAAGUGACAUUAAACUUUGUAACCUGUACACUUAAAAACCUGUAAAUUUAAAAUAUACAUUUAUAAAAUACUUUAUUAAUAAAGAACUAUUUUGAAAUUUUGAA